AGCGCGUCGUCGGAGUCGAACUGGACAUCAAAACCACUUCAGAUUGAUCCAUGGUCACCAAAUUUGCGCCAUACCGGUCGGCCGGAUAUAAAGCAGGAAUAGGUCGUCCUCUUUUGUCCUUUUAGUCUUGGGAUGGUGGCCAAGGUCUUUGGGGGAGAGGCCCGGGAGAAUCGCACUAGCGAGCCGGAAAUCUUGGAAAAGGUGAAGGAGAUCGCUAAGGUGAACCAAUCCGUAGAAGGCCAUAUUCCUGUGCUGCUCUGUCACGAAAAGUUCACGAAUCCCACGUCCUCAAUCCGAGCAGCGCUUGGCUUUCCGGAACCUACCAUAGGCAGUCGUGUGCUCCACAUCCUCGUAUUCCCCAAGCUCUCCCCCAUCACGAAACUCCGCAGAGACGACCUUUGUAAUGUGUGGCGGCAAUGUAUCCUAUGCCACAUUGCUUUGUGGAAGGAAGGGGUCUAUCAUCGAGAUAUCAGCCCUGAAAACAUGAUGUGGUACCGUGACAAGCUCGGGAAGCUUAUGGGUGUGUUGAACGACUAUGAUCUAUCGUUGUUGAAGGAGGCGCUGGGUCCUCAGGGCAACGAGCGCACGGGAACGGUGCCGUUUAUGGCGCUCGAUCUUCUCGCCCCAAAGGCACAACGAGGCGAAGUCAAACACCUAUAUCGUCAUGAUAUGGAGUCGUUCGUGUGGGUUUUCAUCUGGAUUUGCUUCCGUUACAACAGCGAAGGAGACCUCCUACCACCGGCAGCGCGCCGCUUCGAUGCAUGGGCAACUUUAGGCGCCUCGACAUGUCGCGAAAAGAAGCGAGAUUUCCUGGCUGAUAUGGGAAGGUGCUCCCGCCCAAACGACAUAGGGCGUCUGACGUGGUUUUUCCUUCUGCAGUGUGCCUGGGUGCUUGAAGAAUAUCGUCAUCAUCGGUCUAAUCAGCAACUUGGUCAGAAACUUAGUCGGCUCGCAGGAGUAAUCCCGGUCGACGGACUUCCAGGAGUGGUCGAGCAGUCAGAGCCUGAGGAAGAUGAAACAGAGGAAGAUGAAACUGAACAGGAUAUGGAUAUUUUCCUAGGCAUGUUUACCGCGACCACGGGCUGGCAAGAGCUCGAGCGCCGCAUCCGUUCACAGUGAUUUUCCUACUCAUGACUUUCUGAAUAUAAAUCGGUGUAACUUUUAGUUGUUCAAACAUUUAUGUAGAUAGAUAUAUAGAAUAUUACGAGCUGCCGCUUUC